AUGAGGAGCCAAGCUUUCAUUUUGGUUUGCAUGGUAGUAUUUGGAGUUGUUGGGACCUGCCAUGGAGGUAGCCUUAAGAAGGGUUUCUACAAUAAUACAUGUCCUAAUGCAGAAGCCAUAAUCAAGAAUGCUACUGAGAAACGUGUUGCCAGUGAUCCCACAUUGCCUGCAAGGUUCCUUAGAAUGCAUUUUCAUGAUUGUUUUGUCAGGGGUUGUGAUGCUUCGGUCCUAUUGAACUCGACAACUAACAAGACUGCCGAGAAAGAUGCGAUUCCGAACCUAACCCUUGCUGGUUUCGAUGUCAUAGACGAUAUAAAAGCAGAAGUCGAGAAGAAAUGUCCGAACGUAGUAUCGUGUGCUGAUGUUCUGGCCUUGGCUGCUAGGGAUGCUGUUUCUUUCAAAGUAAGUCAAACCCCAUUGUGGGAAGUUCUUACCGGUAGAAGAGACAGUAGGGUGUCGCGAAUUUCCGAGGCAUUGGCUAAUCUUCCUUCCCCUUUCUCUAACUUCACCACCCUUGUCCAAAACUUUGCUAACAAAGGCCUUAAUGUGCAAGACUUGGUGGUCUUAUCAGGGGGGCAUACCAUCGGAGUAGGCCACUGCAAUGCCUUCAGCAAUAGGCUAUACAACUUUACUGGGAAUGGAGAUCAGGAUCCUUCCUUGAAUGCAACGUAUGCCACUUUCUUGAAGACACAAUGUCAAAGCCUCAGUGACAAUACGACCUUCGUGGUGAUGGAUCCUGGUAGCGGGAUAACAUUCGAUAAUAACUAUUAUGUCACGCUUAAGCAAAAUAAGGGUCUGUUUCAGUCCGAUGCCGCCCUCCUGACGAACAAAAGCUCGCGCGAUGUUGUUGACAAGUUGCUUGACUCGAAGGAAUUCUUCAAAGAGUUUGCAAAGUCAAUGGAGAAGAUGGGAGCCAUUGGAGUUCUCACGGGGAAUGCAGGAGAGAUUAGGAAGAAAUGUUACGUUGUUAACUAA